UAUAUGCCAUGGGCACAUUCCUGCAUGCGCAGACACACACACACACACGCAGACACACACACACACGCACACACACACACACACACACACACACAGGCAUUCCGGGUUGACAACUCUCAUGUUCUGACGUAUCUGCUCAGCUGUGAAGUUCCCCUUUCUAGAAUGAACACACACACACACACACACACACACACACACACACACUCACAGCUGUGAAACUCCCACCUGCAUUUGACUCACAAGUACAAGUUGUGUGUGUGUGUUUGUGUGUGCGUGUUACAGGGUAUCUCCUGGGUAGCCAGCACUAUUGGCUAUGGUAUGUCCCACACACACACACACACACACACACACACACACACACACAGACAAGAAAUCAGCAUGAGUGAACACACACUGGGCAAAGCAGGCAGGUGGGUGGGACUAGAACCUGCACAUGUGUGUGUGUGUGUGUGUGUGUGUGUGUGUACAAUACCAUAGCACUAGGGCCCCCUUUCCACUGUCCAAUCACAUGUCUGGGAUCGGUGAAGCCCCGCCCACAUGUGGAAUGCUUACAGAGAGUGAGAGCGAACGAGUGUGUGAACUGAACCCAUUGUGUUAACAGAGAGAGAGGGAGAGAGGGACGACCGAGUUGAGCGUGUGUGUGUGUGUGUGUGUGUGUGUGUGUGUGUGUGUGUGUGUGUGUGUGUGUGUGUGUGUGAGCGAGCCAGAGUGAGCCUGGGAGAGUUUUUGUAUUAGCAGGACGGACAGAUUGAGAGGAAGAGACGGAGAGAGAGGAAGAAGAGAAGAGAGGAGGAGUGUAGCAGAGUUCAGCGUCUCUGGAAUGCCCGGCUCAGGAUGCAGCCCCCGAGCGACCCAUCAGGAGCCCCGGAGUGGCGUGAUUGGCCACUGGCGUCGUCUGGGCGGAGCUUGAGGGUAGACGUCAUCUGUUUGUUUUGUUCGACGCUUCACUGACACUCCGCCCCUUUGGCCUUUGUUCUCUUCCUGAGUAGGAAUGCUGUUGUUGCGUCACACGAGCAGCGUCGGAGAUGGCCGAACUCAGGGGCUAGGCUCAGGGUCAGAGGGCAAAGGUCAACACGGGUGGACGCGGACGAACCCAGAUACUGUCGAGAGCGAGCAGGCACACACGUGUUGUGCUGCAAGGCAUUAUGGGAAAUGUAGCAUGCCAAUACUAAAGCGGACCUCCGGGAUCUAAAAAUUCGUCCAGUUCCUUUUUUUUUUCUCGCUCUGUUGAACUCUGCAGAACUUUUUAGAACUUUUUAAAUAUAAUUAUAUACAUAAAUUACCGUGCAACUGUCUUUACAAAAAAAAACAAACAAACAAAAAAAAAGAAACGUCGCCAUGCGUCAUAUCCACGUGGAGUUGGUCCGGAAGGAGGCUCGGGCCGGAGAUCUGCCACCGCCCACAGACCCACAGGUGACCUUUGACCCCCAGCCAAGACCUUUGAACCAGGAAGAGCUGCGGCUGCAGAAGGUUUAUCAGCUUUCCAUAUUUUCCCAGAGAGGAGGGUUUAAAGGGGGUACGAAGCGCGGAUUAGAGGAAGCGUCCGACCCCGUCGUCGCCCGCAAACGCCUCCUUCAGGACGAGGAAGAGGAUGAGGACGACGAUGAAGAAAUGGAAGGGGAGGUGCCGUGUGGAAGAGGCUCCGCCCCCUUGCUACCACCUCUCCCCGCAAAAGACGCUUUUGCCCCGCUGUCACCCAAAUCGCCCCCUAUGGUGGACCCUCACGCGCCCCCUACUGCCCCCCUGGAGCCCUCGCAGUCCUCACGUCCCCCCUUAACCCCCGCCGAGGCAGUAGAAUGGGGGGCGGAGCUUGAAAAGACCCCACCCCCUUCUGAAAGACAGCCCCACCCACCUUCGCCCCCUUCCUGCUCCAACGGGUCCAGUUCGUCAGACAGGAGUGGGGAGGUGAAGAAGAAGAAGCUGCUGUCGUUCAGUGACAUCGGAGACUCGUGCUCGGAGGACGAAGGACCGUCGACGUCCAAACGCUGCCGUCUGGCGCUGACCCCCGGGAUCGGACUGGCACCGGGACGCAGCACCGACUCCAAGGCUGCCCCCUACUGGACACACCUCCUGCCUACAGCCAGAGAGCAGGGCAAAAGCUCGGCUGAGUGUUCCCGAUCGUCGCGGAGGCUAAAGACCAGUGCUCGCCUCAAAUCUCGACAGCUGCGCAGUGGCAGGCGCACCGACACCAGCCGCUCGUCCUGUUCAUCGUUAGCUGUUAGCAGGUCGCUGCUGGGAAACUUUGAGGAGUCGAUCCUGAAGGGUCGGUUCUCUCCGUCAGGACGAAUCGAGGGUUUCACAGCUGAGAUCGGGGCGAGCGGCUCGUACUGCCCCAAACACGCCACCCUACCUGUACAGGUGACCUACUACGACACGUCCGAGCACAGCGCGCCCUCGCCAUUCCUGGGUGUGAUCUCGCUGGAGCCCCUGGGAAAGAAAGGAUACAGUGUACCUAAAGCAGGGACCAUUCAAGUGACCUUAUUCAACCCCAAUAAGACUGUGGUGAAGAUGUUCCUGGUGACCUACAACUUCGGGGACAUGCCCGUCAAUCACAUGACCUUCCUGCGCCAUCGCAUAUUCCUGGUGCCUGUGGAGGAAGGGGUGGAGUCAGGGGCGGGGACAGAAAGCUCCGCCUCUGACAGGAAGAAGAUUCUAUGCUACCUGAUACACCUUAGAUUCCAGAGCUCCAAAUCUGGAAAGAUCUACUUGCACAACGAUAUCCGGCUGCUAUUCUCCCGCAAAUCCAUCGAGGUGGACACGGGGAUCCCUUACGAGCUCAAGUCCUUCACCGAGGUGCCAAGAAACCCCAAAUACUCCCCGCGAGUGUGACCCCGACAAACUGCAGGACGGACUUGUAGGAAAUAAAUAAAUAAAUAAAAAGCCUUCUGACUCGAGAACAGUGGAACCACACACACUUACACACACACACACACAUUCUCACACACACACACACACACACACACACACACACACAUUCACACACGACACACCAGAACGACGGACUCUUCACUGACGUAGCUUUGUGACUGAAGAGAGUUUUUCCCCUAGACAGGAUAUGUGUUUGCUCUGCCUAAGCCCCGCCCACUUGAGACUGUCGGCCAAUCGGAUCGGGUGUCUGGUUGUAGGCGUGGAGGAAAGUAGGACUGCAGAGAGACUGUAGUGGAUUUGGGACGUGGCCUACAGACUGAUUUCCGAUUUCUCGUCAUCUGUAAUGCCACUCGAGGACCAGAGCAGCUUCAGAGAAGGAACUCGAUCAACAAACAUGGAACUCGUACGGAGGGGAAACAGACUCGGGAUCUGAUCCUGGAAUGUAGACGGAGAGAAGGACAUUUUGACUAACUGUGCUAGCAUUAACAAACUGUAUCGGGAGCGCAGGACGCUACAAAACUGGACUCAGUCAGGAAUUGCUGCCACCCGCAGGCCGGCUUUAGUACUGCAACAACAAAAACAAUAACAAAGGCCUUGAAGGAGUAACAGUGGCACAAUAUAAACUCGCCAAACGUCCGAACUUUUGUCACGUAGCAAGCUGAGUUUGCGAUUCGGCUACAACAUCACACAGCUUUACUGUCACACAACAUGUUCACUAAAGCCCCAGUCUGCACUCACAGCCCUCUACAGGCCGGUGUUAAUACUGUGACCUCAACACUUAGUUUGCCUUUCAUUAGGGUUCAGCCUUCUGGAAAUUUAUCGCUGUUGCUGUUUGCUUUUUGUGACCAUUUCAACAAAAUGUUCCUGCGAAUCAAUGAAAUCAGACGGCGUCCAUUUUAAACUCCAGACUGGAGCCUAGCUAAAGAAUUUUGGGAUUCAGCUGCAUAAACACACAGUUUUACCAGUUUACAACUUACACUUCAGGAAUUACAGCUUCAGUACUACAACCACCACAACCACAACAGCCACAACAGCCACCACCACAAUCACCACAACAGCAACAACAACCACCACCACAAUCAUCACAACAGCCACCACCACAACCACAACCACCACCACAAUCACCACAACAGCCACCACAACACCCACCACAACAACCACAAUCACCACAACAACAACAACCACAACGACAGCAGUUAAUUUAGCAAGCUAGCAAACUAUCAGGUGGUUAAAACCAUUUGUUUUGAGGUGUCUAUUUAAAAAGUGAUGAAUUAUCUGUGAGUCAAUAAACUCUGAGUGUUAAUUUGGAGUUUCCUGAUUGGGCGUUAGUGAACUUUGUAUUUCUUAACAUUUUAACUUGAUAGAUUCGUUAAUUGCUGCCACCUUCAGGCGGGAUUUAGUACUGCAACAAAAACAAUGGCUUUGAAUAGCAACGUUAGCGCUACGUAAAAACACAAAUUAGUAGUUUGUUGAGUUAGCGAACUCUCAGUCAUCUGUUUUGACUUUUUUAUUGAUUGUGGCUUAAAGAGCAGAAUUUGGUGUUUAGUUUCAGUAAUUUAAGAAAUUAUUUUUUCUUUAAAAUUAUAGUAACGAAGGCGAAACCCCAAUCAGAACAGAUCUGGUAUCGUGACCACAGCGAAGAAAUCUUAACAACCUUAACUCAGAGGGUUUGCAGACUCUGAUGGCGUCCAUUUUACAGCAUUUUACAAAAACCAUGUUUUUGCACAUCAUGAAUCAUGAUCAUGAAUUUCCCUUUACAGAAAACAGAGGCCUUUAAACACUUACACUGACGCUACGUAAUGACACAAAACACACGUUAGCUGAAAGUUAGUGAACUUUGUGAGAGCUUGGACUUUUUCCUAAAAGAGAGCGUUUUAACUUUAAUUCCAUUCAAUCCUUCAGUUUCAGUAACACACUCAUUGUCACAGACCGUGAAGUCCGAGUCCAGGCCGUUGUAGCGUCGGCGCCCCCUGCAGGACCCGAGCAGUAGUGUUUCAUUUAACUUUCUAACCGAGAGAGAGAGAGUGAGAGAGAGAGUGAGAGAGAGUGAGAGAGAGUGAGAGAGAGUGAGAGAAAUAUGCUGCACACUUAGAGGGCUGUGUGUUAUUUUUCUUCUGGAGGGAUGAAGUGUGGAAGAGGAGGGAGGGAGGGAGGGAGUGGGGUAUUUAAAAUCAGAUGAUGUAUAUGUAUAUUUUAAAGAUAAAAAUAAAAGUUUGUGGCUUGUGGGUAAAAUCAGCUCUGUGGUGAUGUCGUGAUGAAUAUAAUGAUGUUCUGAAAUGUGAAAAAAACACACACACACACACACACACACACACACACACACAGGUAAAACAUCUACAAUCCCAACACAUAACCACACUCAUGGAAAAAAGUUCAUAAAUAAAAAUCCUUCUUCUGUAACUCGCAUAAUGUUACUUCA